GUGAGAAAGAGAUAGAGAGUAGUAGGCUUGUUGAUUGUUAAAGUUUGUUUUAUUUCGAUUUAUAUAAUAACAAUAGUAUAAUGCCCCGAAAUGUGAAUGCUGAAAGGGACAAUCCUUGUCUAAAGGAACAAGAGCUGUCUUUUAAAUGUCUCCACAAAAACAACUUUGACCGGGACAAAUGCGAAGUUUAUUUUGUAAAUUAUAACAACUGCAAGGAGUUUUGGAAUAAAGUACGCAGCGAUCGUCGCGCCAAAGGAAUCGUACCAUAUCUGCCACCAGUUGAAGAGCGAGCAGAGAUCAAGGCGGAAUAUAUGAAAAAUAAACCACCACGAAGCUAAAUAUGUAUAUUGUUUAA